AAUGAGAAGGCGCCCGUGACGCAGGCAGGACUCCGAGCCUCGUCGGACCCCUCUCCUCCAUCGCACGCGCCCUCGAUCGAGCCUUUGAGCCUUCGAUUGCAUUCAACUCCGGCUUUCAUUCUCAGACACGCGCUGCAAUUCUGCUUCCUCGAGUCUUGGAUCCCGAAGUGCUCGUCUCCUCGUCAGUCCUUUUCGUGUUCCAAGAGCCUUCGAGCGAGGGGAGCAGCCGAGUGCGCGGAGAUUGAUUUCUAUCGAAGGUGGGGGGCUUCUUGUUCCACUUUUUGUGUACGCAGUCUGUGGCUGGAGUCGAGUGGAGUGAGUUUGGUCUUUAUGUCGUUUCUAAACUUGAGAGAAUUUGAGUUCGUGUUUUUAGUGCUUGUGCAGCGGGAUUGAGGAAAUUGUGUGGAAAGUCUCGAGAAAUGGGGGAAUAUUUUUGAGAGUUUUCUACACAGAUGAAAGGCCUUUGAAGUCAAUUUCGAGGUGGGUUUUUUUUCGCUGCAGUGGAGACGGCGAUUUAAGUUCUUCGGGCUGGUGGUGGAUUUUCGAUAAGGCGAGAUUUCGAAAAUGAGAAAUCGCCUGGGGAUGGUGGAGAAAUUGGAGGCUCGGGCAAAGUUGGUUUCGAUUUUGCUAGUUUAUGUCCUUUGUGCCUCCAAUGGGGUCAGUGGUUUUUCGAAGCUGUCGGAUUUGGGUUCGUCAAUCAACAUGACUAGUGCUGGAUACGCAUGGGUUACUGCCAUGGAUGGAGAUGAUUUGCACAGUGAAGGGAAUGUGGAGAACGACGUGUACUCUGUGAUCGGGGAGGAGAAGGUUGAGCGAGAUACAGAAGUGGAGCCGGCGUUUACAUCAAUCGAUUCAAUGUUGCAGUGGGCAAUUGGUCAUGCGGAUCCAGAGAAACUAAAAGGAUCAGCGCAGGAAGUACAACGCAUGACCCCUCAAGAACUUGAAAAGCGUCGAGCUGAAAUCAAGGAAUUAAUGGAGAAGUUGCGGGUACCAUCCGAUGCAGACCUAAUGAAAAUAGCUAUCGCUGAUCUUCACAACGUAACUUUGCCUACGGAAGACCGCAAGCGAGCGUUGGAAGAACUUCUCAUUCUAGUCGAGCCCAUUGAUAAUGCCAACGAUCUGAAUAAACUAGGAGGCUUGGUCGCUGUCAUUGGAGAGCUUGACAGAGAAGAGGCAGAACUUCGAACAGCAGCGGCUUCAGUUCUCGGAAAGGCUAGCCAAAACAAUCCCAUCGUUCAAGCUCAACUAUUGCGCCAGGGUGUGCUUCCUAAGUUGAUGAAGAUGGUGCAGUCGGUGUAUGCGGAAGAAGCCGUAAAAGCUCUUUACGCAGUGUCUGCCAUCAUUCGGAACUUCCCAAUGGGUCAUGAAGCGUUUUACCUCAACGGAGGAGUUUCGUUACUGAAGGAAGUGUUGAGCAGUGACGACGGUGUGGACAUGAGGUUGCAGAAAAAAGCGCUCUUCCUGGUUGGCGACUUAGCAGAACAACGGAUAGAAACUCUAGGUCAGCUUGAUGCAUUCAAGCUAGAUGAAGGACUCUUGAAAUCUGUUGCGAUGCAAACAGAGUCAGAUGAUAUGGAUACUCAAGAGAAGGCACUGUACGCCUUGAAGAGCCUGCACGGUGUUCACAGCUCAGUACGGCAUACAUUGCGGAAAGUAUGCAAGGUUGAACUUCUUCUGGAGAGAUUAAAAUCGUAUUAUGAAAAGUUGAUGUCUGAACCGGACCAGGAACAGGCGGAAUUUAUCAAAGAUCUGGAAGAGUUGAGACGCGAAGUUGCAGAGCUCUUUGGUCGCAAGGACGAUUCUGAAACUCGAAAGGACGAAUCCGGAACAGGAGGCAGGUCAAAAGUUGAAGAAAUCUUGUACUUGUAGAAAAACCUUUUAAAUAGAUCACCGGACUUGUCCUAGGUUAGAUUGGUCUGUACAUUAGUAGGUUACCAUCGAAUUACCUGUAUAGAGCUGGUUAAAUGUCAUGGGAUUGUUGUGUGGUGUUGUGCUUACAUCGUCAAAGCCGAGGUUCAAUUUUUUUCCAUGUUGCACCUGUGCUUACAGACUUGGAUGGAAUUCUAGAGUAUAGAAUAACGCCCCUUAGAUGAGUUCCUCAUGCGAAUCACUUUCCUGGAAUGGAGUAGACCAAGUGAAAACUAGAAUCUCCUGUCCUGUUUCUAGUUAAUGUCGUCAUGUGGAUGAGUUCCCCAGCCAAUGCGAAUCAUUAGAACUUUUAAGUUAGGAUACCAUUAUGGUGCGGAUGUAUGUACCUGCGUAACACAUGCACGCUCUUCUUAUUCAAAUGUCAGAACCUGUUCGUAUCGAAAGUUUUUACAACGUC